UCCUUCCCUCCAUUACCCGAUAUCUCGAUACGACGCUUAGAUAAUAGAUACUAGAUCCGCAUGCAUACUUUAUUUGACUUCGGAAAUCCGUGUUAACAAUAAUGAAAAUGAUACAAAAUACGUAGUUUUUAUUUUCUGCAUGUCGGUGCGGAACACUGAAAAUAUAAAUUAAAAAAUUAUUCAGUUUAUCGUGUGAAUGUACAAUGUACUAUAAUUUUGAGCGUUAGUAGCCAUUAUUGUUCCUACAAAACAACGUUAGAUUUGUGUUCUAUUGUAUCUUAUAAGUUAUCCUCUUUUCUCAAUAUCAUGAGUGGGUUUACACCAGACGAUUUGAUUAAGGAGCAGUCAAGUUCACCAAACGCAUUACCUGAGAAUCAGUCAAGUUCACCUGAAGUUUUGGCUGGGGUUCAGUCAAGUUCACCUGAAGUUUUGCCUGAGGUUCAGUCAAGUUCACCUGGAGUUUUGCCUGAGGUUCAGUCAAGUUCACCUGAUGAUUUGCUCGAAAAUCAGUCAGGUUUGCCUAAAGAUUCACCUGUGGGUCAGUCAAUUUCACCUGAAGAUUUGCCUGAGCGUCCAUCAAGUUCACCUGAUGAUUUGCUCGAGGAAAAAAUAUUUGAUUGGAAUAAAUAUCUCACUGCCAGAAAUUCAGAAGAAGUGCCUGAAGAUUUUUUUUAUCAUAUUUGUAAAAGUGAACUGAAUGGAAUAGAAAUUGGCUCGGUGGUGGAAAUUGAACAUGAAGAUCAAAGUGGAUAUUGGUUUGCUAGUGUAUGUUCAUCAAAGGGCGUUUUAUUGAAUUUGCAUUAUUUUGGUGAUGACAAUGAUCAACACUCCUUUUGGUUAGAAGUUAAGUCACCACGCAUUCAUUCUUUAAACUGGGGAAGCGAAAAUAAUAAAAAACUGAUACCUCCUUAUCCUGAUAGAUUUUCGCGCUACAAACCAGAAGUUAUUAAAGAAAAAGUUCAAGAUUGUGAGCAUGUUGUAUCAAGUGCUGUAUUACAAAUGGGAGGUGCUCCAAUUCAUAAUAUAUUCAAGUGUGGCAUGUUUGUAGAAGUUCAAGAUAGAGAAUACCCUUAUCGUGUUUGGAUUUCAAAAGUGCUUAGAAAUGUGGGAGGAAGGUUAUUUUUACAAAUGCAAGGAAUAAAUAGCCCUGAAGAGAAACCAUUUUGGUUAUUUUAUUUAAAUGAACGUGUUUUUCCAUUCGGAUGGGCAGAACAAAAAGGACUUCCAUGGAGAGUAAUGAAUUUCGAUGCUAGUUUAGAAAAUUCUAUCGAUUCUUGUGUAUUACUGAAUGUGUUAAAGCCAAAAACACCUGAACAGCACAGUUAUAAGGUUGGAGAAAUGUUGGAAGUAAUAAAUCCUUAUUCAAUGAUGGUAUUUUAUGUUGCUACAAUUGUUAAGAUUUAUGAUAACCGUUAUUUUAAAGUUGAAGUGGAUAAUGAAAUUGAUGAAAACAAACGUAUCAGUUUUGUGGCUACAAAAGAAAAUCCUUAUUUAUUUCAUGCCGGUUGGGCAAGCAAACACAAAUUUUUGUUAAAAACUCCGACAGAUUGGAAUAAGCCGUACAAAUUUUCUUGGUCAAAAUAUUUGUUAAGAAAAAAAGCCAACUUUGCUGCUGUAAAUAAUUUAUGCAGAAAAAAGAUUACCAAUGUUCAUAUGGGUAUGAAAUUAGAAGCUGUUGAUCCUUUGAAUACUGAUUGUAUUCGUGUCGCUACAGUUAAAGGAUUUGCUGACCAUUGGAUGUUGUUGUCUUUUGAUCGGACGAGUUGUUGUCAAGAAUUACUCCAUCUACGUUCAGUUUAUUCAGAUGAAGUUUUUCCAGCUGGUUGGUGUAACAAACACAAUUAUUCUUUGAGCGUUCCAAAGCUUCCGUACAAUAAUUCUAAAGAUUUUGAACAUUGUUAUUAUUCAUCGGAUAUUGAUAUAGACUUCAGUCAGUCAGACCAAGAUAAUUUAACAAAAUAUCCAGAUUAUUUAAAAGGAGAAAUCUUUUAUCACUUCAGCAAAAGAGAGAAAAAAAGUUUUGAUGAUGGUUUUGAAGAAAAAGAAGAAGAAAUUAAUGAAGAUGAUAUUAAGUCUGAAGAUUCUGCUUCUAAUUCUGAUCCUGGUUCUAAUUCUGAUUCCGAUAAUUAUGUACCUACAACUUCAGAAAUAGAGAUUAAACAAGAUAGUGAUGAUGAAUGUGAUGAUGGUUUAAUUUUAGACACUAAAAGUGAACCUGAAUUAGAUGAAGAAUUUCAUGAUGCAUUAUUCAUUGAUGAAAAAAAUGAUAUUAAACCAGAAGAAGUUGAUAUUAAACCAGAAGAAGUUGAUGUUAAACCAGAAGAAGUUGAGAUUAAACCAGAAGAAGUUGAUAUUAAACCAGAAGAAGAUGAUAUUAAACCAGAAGAAGUUGAUUUUAAAACAGAAGAAGCUGAUAUUCAACUAGGAGAAGUUCAUAAUAAACCAGAAAAAAUGAAAAGUGCAAAAGUGGUUAACCCAAAAAAAAAUAAAAAAGUUAAUCAUAUUGAAAAAACAAUAGAAAAUGUAGUUAGAAAUUCUUCGAAUAUGUUUUCUAAAAAUUCCUAUAAAAUGUGUAUUUACUUUAACAAAGAUUGUUAUCCUGGCGGACAUGUAGUAAAGAAGAAAAUUCCACAAUUACCAGAUAGUAUUGGUCCUGGUCCUGUAUCCUCAAUACUACGGGAAGCAUUAACCCUAUUUGUUGAUUUAGAUUAUUUUCCUUGUAGUGCAUUAAAAAAAAUAAAAAAAAUUCAAAACAUGUUAUUCAACGGGCCUGGCGGUGUUGAAAUGUGGAUUACCACCUCUGUAAUGAAAAAAACUCGCAGUAGUUCCACCGAGUGUCUUCUUCUUCCUGAAUCUAAGAAGAUGGCUAAAACAUAUUGUUCUGCUCUUUGUAAUCUAUCUGGCAUGUGUGAAUUCUUUAUGACCACUGAAGAUACAGAGUGUCCUCAUGGUUGUAAUAUAACACAAGAUAAAAUACCGCCCUCAAAACUCAAAAUGAAUACUGUGCCCAUUAGGUCAAAAUCAAAAACAAAAAAGCAUCAAAUUGAUGGUAACUUAAGAUGUAAUAUUGUGCGCCGUAAAAUUACACACUCAGAAAUUGCUAGAGUUGCUAACAAAGUAUUAGAUUGGUCAAAUAAACCUUUAGUUGCAAGGUAUAAGCAUUAUAUGGGAAGUAUAUUGGAUUUAGAUGCACACAUAUUUCGAUUGAACCAAUGUCCUACUGAACUGGAAUCAGCACUUGUAACUGAAAUUAUAGCAAGAAAAAAUAAUCUUAGGAGGAUGGAUAGUAUGGAGAUUUUUAGCAAUACUAAAUCUGAAGUUGAAACCAUUGAAGAAAAACGAUUCGUCGUUUUAGAGGAUUGGAAAAAAACUUUUGAAAACUAUUAUCGCCAAAAUCCACGAUUUAAGAAAUUUAAAAUUGAUAUUGGACAAAUAGAAUAUAUAAAGGUCACGUCAAAUCCAAAAUAUUGGUCUCCUGAGGAUGUUUAUAAAUAUUUGACUAAUGAUUUGUUUUGUAAAGAUGUUGGACUGAAGCUAUUUGCUGAGGAAGUGGAUGGUGUAGCAUUUAUGCUAUUAAAUGAAGAACAACUUUUAUUGCGGUUACGAUGUACAAUAAAUUUAGCAAUAAGAAUCAUGUGUCAUGUAGCUGAAGUGAAAUAUGUUUGUUUAACAAAAUAUUGUAAUGUACCAGUUGAUUAAAUUCUCUUCAAACAUUUUCCAGUCUUACCAUCUUUUAUUUUGUGUUCAUUAAAUGUGUUUUAUCUAAAUUAAGACUUAUUGAUAAUAAUUAUUAAUGUUUCUUUUUGUAUACAGUUUUUUGAGAUAAAUAAUAAUUAUUAUGUUCAUUAUUAGACUGAUAAAUUUAUUAUAUAAAUUAUAAUUCAUUGUAUUUUUUUUUACGCUAAUUGUUUUAAUAUUUAAUGCUUUUUAUACAUUUAAUUAAUUAGCUCAUUACUUAAAAUUGCACAAUUGUAUAACAUUAGAAUUUAGUUUUAAAUAGUUUUUAAAUCAAAUCAACCAUUUUAAUAUACACUAAUAUUGAACUCAAAAUGUUAAAAUGUAACUUAUUAUUUAUUUAUUAGUAUUGCAUAAAUUAAGUCAAACUAUGUUAUCAUAAAAUCAAAUAACUGCAGAAACUGUAUAUUUUAAUUUACUUAUUUAAA